GCCCGGGGCUGGGGGACGGGCGCGGAGAGGGGCUCGGGGCGCUGCGGGGCGGCCCCCUCCGUUUUCCGCAGCGCGGGCGCCGCUCCUCCUCCCGCGCCCAGGCCGGCGGCCGGGCUCCCUGUCCCUCCGCAGCGGGAUGCGGGCACCGGGCCCGGGCAGGGGCCGAGGGCCGAGGCCUGGCGGGCCUGGCGGGGGCCCCUGCGGACGGCGGCUCAGGGGCCGGGACCGAAACCUCUAGCGCGCCCCUCCCGGCGGCCGGGAGGGGGGAGGCGGGGAGGGCGGGCGGUGGCGGGCGGUGGGAGCCGGGGAGGCUCAGAGCCUCGCGGCGCGCGGGCGGGCGGCGGAGGGGGCGCGGGGAGCCCCCCGCCCCCCGAAGGAGGAGUCUGGCUCCCACUUGCAGCCUCGGACGCGCGGCGAGGCGGCAGCCGCCGGAGGAGCCCCCGCCCCUGCGCGCCUCCCUCCCGGGAGCCCCUGCCUCCCUCGGUGCGCGCUGCUGCUCGCAGCCGCCGCGGCCGCGGAAGAGGAGCCCGGGGCCAGUCUGUCUCCAGGUCUGGCGGGGGGCCGGGCGGCGGCGGUGGCGGCGGCGGGAGAUGCCGGGGCGGCCAGCGGAGGUCCAUGUGGCGCUCUAGGUGGGAUGCCGGCGUCCUGAAAGCGGAGGCCCUGGCCCUCCUCCCCUGCGGCCUGGGCAUGGCGUUCUCCCAGUCCCACGUGAUGGCCGCCCGGCGGCACCAGCACAGCCGGCUCAUCAUCGAGGUGGACGAGUACAGCUCCAACCCCACCCAGGCCUUCACCUUCUACAACAUCAACCAGGGCCGCUUCCAGCCACCGCACGUGCAGAUGGUCGACCCGGUGCCUCAUGAUGCCCCCAAACCUCCAGGCUACACCCGCUUCGUCUGCGUCUCUGACACCCAUUCGAGGACAGACCCCAUCCAGAUGCCAUAUGGCGACGUGCUGAUCCAUGCUGGGGACUUCACUGAGCUGGGGCUCCCAAGCGAGGUGAAGAAAUUCAACGAGUGGCUGGGCAGCCUGCCCUACGAGUAUAAGAUUGUGAUCGCAGGCAACCACGAGCUGACCUUUGACCAGGAGUUCAUGGCUGACCUCAUCAAGCAGGACUUUUACUACUUCCCAUCUGUGUCGAAGCUGAAGCCGGAGAACUAUGAGAAUGUGCAGUCGCUGCUGACCAACUGCAUCUACCUUCAGGACUCGGAGGUCACUGUGCGGGGCUUCCGGAUCUACGGCUCCCCAUGGCAGCCCUGGUUCUACGGCUGGGGCUUCAACCUCCCACGAGGCCAGGCCCUGCUGGAGAAAUGGAACCUCAUUCCCGAAGGCGUAGACAUCCUGAUAACCCACGGACCGCCACUGGGCUUCCUGGACUGGGUCCCCAAGAAGAUGCAGCGGGUGGGCUGCGUGGAGCUGCUCAACACGGUGCAGAGGCGCGUCCAGCCGCGGCUACACGUCUUUGGCCACAUCCACGAAGGGUAUGGUGUCAUGGCAGAUGGGACGACCACCUAUGUGAACGCGUCCGUAUGCACUGUGAACUACCAGCCCGUGAACCCACCCAUAGUCAUCGACCUCCCCACACCCCGGAACUCCUGACUGCUCCCCACUGCCCCAGCCCUGCCCGCCCACGUCAGCUCCAUAGGCCUUGCCUGGCCACUGUUCCUUCCAUGCUGAGUCGCCUGGACGACCUGUCUGGCUGCAGGGACUGGCCUAGCAGGCAGGUUAGGGUCUUGGAACGACUCUUCAGCCUUCUGUCACCUGGAGUUGGGACCCUGCGCAUCCCCAUCAGGGGUUCUGUGCUCAUUACUUUUUCUGCGUGUACAUCCUGUGUGUACCUUGUUAAAGAACCUGCUAAGCUCAUGGCCCUGUCAUGUUUGGGAAACGACUGAAUCUUCAUUCUGCUCACUUGGUCGCCCUCCUGGUUUGGGAAGCUGCUGCUCUUGAAUGGGUUUUGGAAAUUACGCAAAAUCUCCCUCUGACCACGGAUCUGUGUGGCUGCACGCCCCGGGUUAGAGGUGGUGGGAAGACUUGUGGGCUGCACGCAGGCAGUCCUUGCUCUCCCCCCAAGUGAGAGAGGAGACAGGCCCAAGGCAGAGGCCCUCUGGGGAGCAUUUAGGGACAUCUCAGGAAUUCAGACCGCACCCGGCCAGGCCCACCGCAGUUUGCCUGGCAUUGUUUCCCCCUUUUUUUCCUGUAAGCAUUUCUGUUGACUUGAACAAUGGCCUGAGUGUCCUAGGCGUUCACCCGGAGCCUGGAUCAUGGGGGCUGGUUCUACGGGAUGAGCUGCCAGUGUGCGUGCCCAGGACCAGCGAGAGGGUUCCCAGUCAUGGGGGGACGACCCUUGGCCCCACGGGGACCACACUGCUCUGCAGAACUCAGCCUGGAGGGAGGGUCUGCAGGCUUAGGCUGCAACAGCCCUGCCUGCUGUGGUGUGAACCCAUAUCCAGGCAUGCACUGACACACACGCAUGCACGCUCCCCUCUUAGUUUAAGGAAGUAGGUCCUCUAUUUCUCCUUUCUGCCCCGCAGUGAGGUUCUGUUCUUUGGUGUGGUUUCCCUUGCACCAUUAGGAUUCUGUCUGGCAUAUGCCUGCAGCCGAGGAAGCCUAAAAAUCCUUGUCCUCAGACCAGCCAGUCCUGUGAAUGGGAAGCUGUUUUCACCCCCAUCUAUCCAUCCAUCCCUCAUUCAUCCAUCCCUUCAUCCCUCCAUUUGUUCAUCCCUCCAUCUGUUCACCCUCCAUCCUUUCAUCCAUCCAUCCAUCCAUCCCUCCCUCCAUCCCCAUGCAUCAUCCAUCCCCCAUCCAUCCAUCCCCCCAUCCAUCCAUGCCCCAUCUAUCCUCCUGUGAACGGUAGGGUGGAACAGGAACAAAGCGGGCCCGUCUCCAGCAGCUCCACCUUGGACAGCUCCUUUUUCUUCUUUGAAUUAGGACUGGUGGGGUGGGGGGCAGGGCAGAAGUGGGAACACAUAGGGCCUAGAUUAGGGGCAGGCGAUGGGCAAGCGCAGGAUCGGAUUCUGUCCUUAUUUAAUAUUUUGUUCACCAUGGGCUUUUUUCUCAUUUAUUUUGAUUUUUAACGUUGCAUUAAAGUAGUAGUAUUUGUCCUCAUCGGUGACGUUUUUGCACCUCCUUUACCUUGUGCAUCUGAGAGGAGGGUGUCCCUCCCUCACCCGGGUCCCAGUGCUGGGAACCAGCCUGCUCUCAGCCAUUUGUAGUCUUGUUUCAUCCUCAGAUGGUCCUUCAAGGUAGGUACUUUGUCCCCAUUUUAGAGAUGAGCGACUGAGGCCAGAGGGGUGUGGUGACUUGCCUGGGGGCUCACAACACAAAAGGAGCAGAGGCAGGAUCUGACCCUUGGUCGCUAGCCUCACGGCCCUCACUUUGCCAUGACCCGAAGUUAUGUCCCUACAAAGCAAUGCAUGGUCCAAGGCUCUUCUUAUUGUAUCUUUAUUUUUAAGGGUCCUAUUCAAAACCGGUCUGAGCUCUGAGGAGUCCUGAACCCUGGGCGCAGCAUCCCGGCAUCCUGGGAGAUUGGGAUUCCUUUUCUGCCCGCACUGAGCCGGGCUCCUUGAGGGGUGGAGCUGCUGUCUCUGGAAGCCUGUCAGCAGCACUCUGUCGGGGUGACUGAGGCUGAGCGCUGUGGGGUGCAGGCUCCGGGAAUCCCGUUUGGCUGGAGGGGCUCCUGUAGCCAGGGAUGUUUACGAGGUUUCUCUGAUGCUUCAGGCAUGGGACAUGUGUGCGGUGGAGAAAACCAGGCCCUUUCAGUGCCAGCUCCACUCAAUUUCUAUGUGGACCAAGAACUUCAAACUCAAAAACAUUUUUUUCCUAAGGUAUCUUCAGAAUAUGGUGUAUUUUUAUGUGGAAAAGAAAAGUUAUGACGGCAGCUGUUACUUUAAGAGAAAAUUCAUUAAAAGUCCUCGAGGUCUGAAGAUGACGGCGUGAUCCUCAAUCAUUUUGGCAUAACUUGAUUGUGGCUGUAAUUUUUUUUUUGUCAAGCAUGUCAGACAAUAAAGUCUUUGUAAAAAGAGAA